AUGAACAAGGACGACUUCGACUUGCACGCAUUGCUUUUGGCAGCCGAAGUUUCUCGCGAUGUGGAGAUUGCCGCCAUCUCAAGUUCAAUCGAGAGCCUGUGUCUUGCCAACAACUGCGAUGACGAUGAGGGCGACGACGACCAAGAGUUCAGCUGGACCGAUCGCACACUAGAGGCUGAGGACUUUCGACAAGACCCGACAACCGGGAACCCAUGA